CACAAUAAAUAGAAGCGCCAGUCUGUGAACGUCGCUCCUCUUAGUCGAUACCUUGUUGUCAGACAGUAAGGUUAUAAACAUUCGGUUAUUUUGUUUAAACCUUGACACCAGAUCUGAGAGAUGAACGAAGAGGAUUUACACUUGGCCAAAGCGAUUGCCAGUAUGGACAUACCUUCCUCGGAUCCGCCCGACGCGAAGAAGACCCUUGUCAGCAGGGUCCAGGAGAAAAUACAAAACUUCAGCGGCACCCAACCUCCUCAACCAAACCAAGAAGAGGAGAGCUCCGGAUCUUCAGGCGCUUCGCCAGAUACUUCAAGGAGAACAAGAUCUCUGAAUGCUCCAAGCCCGGUUCCACAAUUUGGCCCUUGCGGCCGCAUUCUAAAAAAUUCCGCAAUGGUCAUCACAAUACAGGAUCCUGCAAGUCAGAGGCUAACCUGGUACAAGCCUCCGCUGACCGUACUGGUCAUAAAGAAAGUGCGGGAUGUAUCAGUAUUGCAGCCAUUUGUUCAAUUAGUUCAUUGGCUCAUACAGGAGAAAUGUAUGGUGGUCUUUGUGGAGCAAUCAGUAAUGGAAGACACAUUGUUACUUAAUAAUGGAGAAUUCGGAAGGGUGAAGGAUAAGUUAAUGACUUUCCGGGAUGGAAAAGAUGACUUAACUGAUAAAAUUGACUUCAUCAUUUGUUUAGGAGGUGAUGGAACAUUGCUUUAUGCGAGUUUACUUUUCCAACAAUCAGUACCACCUGUCAUGGCCUUUCAUCUUGGUUCUCUUGGCUUUCUCACACCGUUCCGAUUUGACAACUUUCAAGAGCAAGUCACAAAUGUAUUGGAAGGACAUGCCGCUCUCACUCUCAGGAGUAGGCUCAGAUGCAUAAUAGUCAGAAAGAAUGAGGAUGACAUUAAAAAACCACCGACUAAUUUAUUGGUCCUCAAUGAAGUUGUUGUGGAUCGAGGACCGUCACCUUACCUAUCAAACAUAGAUCUAUAUUUAGAUGGAAAACUCAUCACUUCAGUACAAGGAGACGGACUGAUUGUUUCCACUCCAACAGGAAGCACAGCUUAUGCUGUAGCCGCAGGGGCUUCUAUGAUCCAUCCGAGCGUUCCAGCUAUAAUGGUGACGCCCAUAUGCCCACAUUCUCUUUCUUUUAGGCCCAUAGUUGUACCAGCAGGUGUUGAAUUGAAGGUCAUGUUGAACUCGGGAGCCCGAAACACUGCCUGGGUUAGUUUCGAUGGGAGAAAUCAACAGGAGCUGAAAGUUGGAGAUAGCCUUACAGUUACAACUUCGGUGUACCCUGUACCUUCGAUAUGUGCCCAGGAUCAGAUCUCGGACUGGUUUGAAUCCCUGGCUGAAUGUCUUCACUGGAAUGUGAGGAAAAGGCAAAAACACUUAGACGAACUGAGUGACCUGACUCACUCGAGCUCAAAUGACACGCUAGACUCAUUUGAACAGGCGGACCAAGUAGACUGCUGACCAAAAGAAAAAAACAGGGAAAAAAGAAAAAGAAAAGAAAAGAAAUAAACAGAUAUCGCUAAGAUGGUGAUGGUGAAGCUAGGACUUCCAGGUGUCAAACAAUAAAUAUUUAUUCUUUUGAUAAUCCCAGAUCUUGUGUAUAUAAGAGGUCAAAUCCAAUCCUAAGUAUGUACAGAUACGAUAUAUAUUUUUAUAUUCAUAUAUACAUUGGAAUUAGACAUCUGGUUGAAAAGUACCUUUGGUUAAAUUUGUUACGAUGAUACGCAUUAAAGAUUGUAUUACAAUUUUAUUGGCAUAAUUUUAUAUGUUGUUAAUAAAUAACUUGUCUUGUU